AUGAUGGCAGAAUCACUGCCCUUCUCUGGGAGCACCCCAGUGCCCCCGUGGGAGCUGGAGGCCUGGUAUGAGGACUUGCAGGAGGUGCUCUCCUCGGAUGUAACCAGCAGGACAGACCCCCCAGUAGGGGGACAGGAGCAGGUGAGAAAGCGGAGGAAAGCAACUUUCCUAGCAUCUUGUAUGUCUCUUGUGUACAGCAUCCCAGAGGUGGCUAGAUUUCCUCCUUAAGAGUUUUCUAAUUCUUCUUCUACUGGCUCUGUAUCACACUUUGCUUCACUUGUCCUCCCAAACCAUUAAAAAAACCCCAUGAAAAAACAAAAUGAGUGUGGUACCUUUAAAUUUGGGGAACCUGGCAAGCAUCUUUUUUACCGCUUAUGCGAUGCAGAAAUUUGAUAAUCUUAACAUGCUAUAUAGUUUUCACUAUAGCCUAUUCAUAACGAUGGUAGAGAAACAUUGGAGCAAAUCCUGUCAUGCAGAAGAGGUAGAUAUUUCAGGAAUUGAUGGGGUGGGGGUGUCCAAUACCAACUACUCCACAUGACACAGAUGGGCUGUCAAGCCUUAUCUUUUAUGCUGUGUCAUUCACCCUUCACAUGCUCAUUAGUGGGGUUUUUUUUGGGGGGGGUUGCCUAUAGACUGGCUUCCCUAGAUAAUACAUACCUCUUUCUGUGCUCUUAGGCAUGCACUGUAGUUUCUAUUAUAGCUUAGAAACUGCUUUCUGUAGACAAAAGUAAAGCAAAUAAAUGUGCAUAUUUGGUUGCAUGAAUACCUAAUCCCAUUUGUAUCUCUCAUGCUUUCUUCCAAGGAGCUUAAGGGACUUUCCCCACUUUUUAAUCAUAACAACCUUGUGAGGCAGCAACAAGUCCAAGGCUGCCCCAGUGAAGAUGGAUCAGGAACCCUGGUCUUUGUAGGCUAGGGAUCACUCUGGCUUUAGGAGGUGAAGGCAAAUAGUAGCUCUCACCAUCUUUCCAUUUUCCUACAGAAGGAGUUUGAUGGUGUUGACAGUACUGCUCUGCUGUGGAACCUGGAUGCUUCCAGUCCCUUGGAGCCCAGUGGAAGUGAAGCAGUUGGAAACUGUGAGCUGGACCCUGAUCUCACAGCUCAACUCCUGGAACUGCUAGCUGAGGAGCCUGCGGGACCUGCUGAGUCAGACUCCAGCCACAGUUCCCCAGUGCAGACUGGGACAGAUGAUGAUGAGGGGGUGUCUACUAGCCGGAAGAGGAAGCAUGGUGGACAGCCCCACGGAGGCAAGAGGCAGCGGGGCAGAGAGCGGGAGCAGGAGAAUGAGCGCAGAGUGGCCGAGCUGAUGGCCCACAAUGAGCACCUCCAGAAAGAAAUAGAGCGCUUGACUGCAGAGGUGGAAGCAACAAGAGCAGCACUUAUCCAGCGUAUGGUGAGCCUAAAGACUUAA